AUGUAAAAUACUAUAUCUUUAAGCUAUAUCACAUAUCAGAACUUUUAAAACAGAGUAAAGGAAAUAUUGACUAAAGCAUACAAUCAUAAAUUUAAGCUGGUAUUCUUCAUCCUUCUUCUAUAUCUAAUCAAGAAGGGCUAUACUUUCUAUAAAUCAGUCAGGCCCUAUCUUUCAUUGAUAAAUGAGUUCAGAGGAGGCAAUCAAAGCAAAAGCAACAAUCAAGUAGGAGAAUAGCAGUAAAAGUCUAAAACCUAAUCUUAGCUUCAACUAGCAAUGUUAGAGAUGAAUGUGCCUGAUUUCGCUUAAUUGAUGAAACUAUUCUAAAGCACGAUUAAAAACAUUGAUAGAAAUCUUCUGGCCUAACCAAGAUAUAUUGAGGAGAACCUAAUUUCACCCAUUUAUGAAUUAGAGAAAAUAAAGCUUGCGACAUAGGAAUAAGGGCAGACGUCACAGUAAUAAAAGGAGAGAUUCGCAUUACUUAAAAAUACAUUGUUCAAAAGUUUGUUUUGCCAGCUUUAUGUGACAAGAAUUGUCCAUUUGAUUUCUUAUUUCCAAAUUACUAUGACUGGGAGAUUUUAUAGGAUAAGUGAGAAGAAAGUGAGAGAUUUGGAAUCAAAUGCCAAUGAUAACGUGCCUAAAGAGUAGAAAGGAUUUUUGGCUAUUUUAGAGGAGGAGGAAAAAGCAAUGGAUUAAUCGGACUCAGACUUUGAUCCAAUGUCUGACUAAGAACAAGAUAAAGAAAAAAAGAAGUUGACUCCACAAGAAUAAAAAGAAAAGGCAUAGCAGAAUCUAAAAGACGAAUAAGAAGCAUGUACUCUAUUUGUGAGCAAGUUUUUCGAAGAAAUAUUGAAGCCAUUAUUUAUAAAUAUCUUCAUCCCAACCAUCGGGGAAAUUGUGAAUUCUGAAAUAGACUCGAUUGAUAUUAGAGCUAAGAUAUCAUCUGAUUAAUUCAUGGACAUUCUAGAUACUAUUCAUAACAAGGCACUAGAUUAAAUAUUUUCAAUUGACCCAAAAACAGCUCCCGACAGCACAGAUCUCAACAACUCGAGAGACUCUACUGACAGUCUACUAAAUCCCAGAGCUACAUCAUCAUAUUGGAUCAUGGAUCAAAUACUUCAGCAAUACAAUAUGAACAUCGAUAACAUAUCUUAAUAGAAUAAGAAACUUAAGAAGAUAGCUGAUGAAUUCAUGGAUGUGCUAGUAUCAAACUAAGAGUAUUUUGAAAUUACCUUAGUUGAGCUAUUAGAUGAGUCUUAUAGACUGAAUUUAAGAGAAUUUUUGGAAUUAGAACUUAAUUAAAACCCCUCAAACAUUGAAUAGAAUCCUAAUGCUUUAUUCACAAGUGCUAAUGAAAGAACAUAUAUGCUGCAUAUAGUUUCCUCUGUCUAUCCACUUUAUCAAGAUAGCCUGUAUUUGAAUCAACUAAGGACAUUCACUUUAAUGGAAACAUAACCGAGAAUAGAAUAAAUCAUAAAACUAAUAUACUUUGAAGACAAAGCCUAUUUCGAUAUUGAAAUAAAGGAUCUACUUAGUACCACAGAGAAAUAAAGCAAGCCAUUUGAUAUGUCAGAACUAUUUAAAGGGCUAGGUGGAGGUGAAGGAGGUGAUAAUGAUAUUCUUGCCAAAAUGCUUUCAUCCUUUGCAGAAGAGUGA